AUGUUCUCAUUGGUUUCAGGAUUCUGGAAAUGGUUGACAAGCAAAAACGAAUUACGGUUUUUGAUCAUCGGUCUUGAUAAUGCAGGAAAAACGACGACCCUGGAACAAUUGAAAAGAAUUUAUUCGUCCCCGACAAAGAAGCAAAAUCUAGAACGUGUUACUCCGACUAUUGGAUUGAAUCUCUGCCACACCCACUUUGAUUACUCAACAAGUGGAGUCUUUUGGGAUUUGGGGGGCCAAUUGAUUUUACGUGAUAUUUGGGAAAAACAUUACAGCGAGUGUGAUGGAGUUCUCUUUGUCAUCGAUAGUACGGACGAAGAUCGAUUUGCUGAAGUCAAAUCGACUUUGGACAAAAUUCUCAAUCAUUCAGUAUUAAGACAACGAGAUAUUCCCAUUGUAAUCUUGAUCAACAAACAAGACGAUACAGAACAUGCUGUUUCGUUAUCAUUUUUGAUUGGGUAUUUAGGGCUGAAAAGUCUCGUUACUGACGCAGUAGAACCAGAGGAUCAAGGUGAUGUUGUUCUGAUUCCGUAUCCAGCUGACUCAAAUCGACAGUCACACGUUCCAUCCGCUGAGGAUCCAAUAGCGUCGUUAUCGCACAUCCUUUCAAGAGAUUCAGCAGGACCUGUUCUGGUUUGUAUCUCUGGAUGUAGCGCAACAAAGAAUGUGAAUAUCAAAGAAUCCAUUGACUGCCUCGUUAAAGAAGCCAAAGAGUUUGCAGAGAAGAGAAGACAAUGA